UGGGGCUCGUCUCCACCUCUUUGGUCUGUGGCUGCCGCGAAUGCCGUCUCCGCGUGGAGGCGGUCCGAGGUUCCCGCCAUCGAGGUGAGCUUACCUUCCCGGGCGCUGCAACAAAUACAUAACGCCUUGUAUUGCCAUUGUUUCGACCUCAUCACUCGAUCAUCUCGCAAUCAUGUCCGCUCCCGCCAUCAAGCAGCAACAGCAGAUCCCGCUCCCAGGCAACCCUGCCACGUCGGCCGCUGCCGGGCUGGGAGUCUCGCGCAUCUCCCUGGGCCUCAUGGGUAUGACCUGGACUGACCCUUCGCAGUUCACUCCAGACGACCAAGCCUUUGCCGUCAUUCGCCGCUCCAUUCACGAAGGUGGUGUCACUCUCCUCGACGCAGGCCAAUUUUACGGUCCGCAAUCUGACCCACACGCCAACCUUAAGCUCGUCAAGCGCUACUUUGACAAGUACCCAGACGACAAGGACAAGGUUCUCCUCUGCGUCAAGGGAGGCUUCGACCUCUUCUCUCCCGGCGGAUAUGCAGAGAAGGGAUUUGCAGGGAUGAACCCGCUCACCGACCUAGACAAGCUGCGCGAGAGCGUCAAGCUCAUUCGUCAGGAGCUCGGGAGCGACGCGGGAGGCAAGGAUAUCGAUCUGUGGGAGCCCGCACGAUACCCUAAGAACGUCGAUGUAGGCGAGAUGACACGCAAGCACAUUGCAUUGCGCGAUGAGGGACUGUUCAGGGGGCUCGCAUUGAGCGAGGUUGGAGGCAAGACGAUUCGCGAAGCGUGGGAGGCAAGCAAGGGCGGCGUAGCUGCGAUUGAGAUCGAAUACAGCGCCUUUUGCCUCGAGGCAGAGGAGCAGGGUGUGCUCGCUGCUUGCGAGGAGUUCAAGAUUCCCAUUCUCGCGUACUCGCCCGUAGGCAAGGGCUUCCUCACGGGCACCAUCACGUCACGCUCCGAGAUCCCAGAGGGGGACCUCCGCCUUCGCAUGGACCAAUACGCCGAAGAGAACUUCCAGCACAACGUUGACGUCGCCGACAAACUCAAAUCCAUUGCCACGGAGAAGGGCGUCACCGCCUCGCAGCUGGCUUUGGCCUGGAUCCUCGCUCGAAGCCCAAUCAUGACGGCUAUCCCCGGUACGAGGCAGCCGGACCGUGCCAUUGAGAAUGCAGCGGCGGCUGAAGUGAAGCUGACGCAGGAAGAUCUCAAGGAGAUUGCAGACGUCUUGGAGAAGAACAAGCCAAAAGGUGGACGAGCGUUCGAGCAUGCGAGGCAGCAUAUGAAUUUGUGGGCGUGAAUGGCCCGUGGAGCGUGUGCGAAUACCAUUGCCAUUUCCCUCCCUUGAGUGCGUGGGACCAAUGUUUGACCGUCUACUCGUCAUCCGGGUCAGCGUCGUCUUGGUCGGCCUCUUCACCAUCAUCGGCGGCAGCGGCGUCCGGCUCGCCGUCGUCUGCGACCUCCUCCUCCUCCUCUUCUUCCUCUUCCUCCUCUUCGUCAUCGUC